AACCCUGCCAGCCGGGUGCGUAUUUGGUGUUCGUUACCGGUAGCGUACGGAACGGUGCGCGGAGCGCGUGUGUGUAUUUUUAGGUUUUCCACUCGAAGCUUACAGUUUGAAGAGUUUUCCCCGGGGCGCACCAAAGAAUGCGUCAGUCGGUGAGGAUAGUGUAAAUGACGAAUGAAGAAUAGUAAGCGAGCGUGUGCGCUUAUUUUGUGUGUGUGUGAAAGAGUGUUAGUAAAUAGAGUAAGCAACACUAAUUGUAGUGCCUAACAGUGACAUUAUGACCGUAUGAUCGUAGCCGUACAAAGUGUUUUCUCAGAGUGUCAGAGGUCCUUGUCGUGCCGUGUCCCUGCCCCCACGAAGAAGCUGUUCCUCCACCGUACAGUAUGUCCUCGUACUGUGGGUUUGACGAUCGUUCGUUUGAAGACUUCGACGACUACACGUCGGAGGACAGUGGGUUCGAGAAGAGCUACGAAUCGUGCGCGGGAGACCUUUCGUUUGCCGGAUGUCUGCAGCCGGCACCGCGCAAGCUAAACUUCGAGCAUGUUGCCAUCGCACCGCACGUCGUCCCGGCUCCACCAGUCGGAGUGCCGCUAGAUAUGCUGCUCCCGGACCAGGACACGCUACCUCCAGCGAAAAAGCGUGGCCGUCAGUCGCUCCGCGACAAGGCGACGAUGGCAGCCGGCAACAAACAGGACGCUGCCGGAUCGUUCUGUCCGUCGCUUGGCGUACAAACUUCCACCCCAGUGAAACCGGCCCCCGGCGGUGCGGAGGGCGAGAUGGAGCAAAAACCGAAGCGCAAGUACGCCAUGGGCAAGAGCCGCAUCACGCGCAACCGCAGCCCCACGCAGGUGAUGCGCAUCAAGCGGGUUCGUCGCCUGAAGGCGAACGAUCGCGAGCGGAACCGGAUGCACACGCUGAACGAAGCGCUCGAGCGGUUGCGGCUAACGCUGCCCACCUUCCCGGAGGACACCAAGCUGACCAAGAUCGAGACGCUGCGGUUUGCGUACAACUACAUCUUCUCGCUGGUGCAGCUGCUCGAUCUCGACGGCUCGAUACAGCUCGACCUGGAGAAGCUGCAGAGUUUGACGCUGAGCGGGGAGCGCAUCAAUAAGGAGCUGUUUGACGCGAUGUUCAUUAACCCACCGCCGGCUGGGCAGCACCAUCACUGGGGAGCGGCCUUUACGGCGGGAGAUUUCUACAGCAGCAUGCAGCAGUACGGUGCGGUCGUUGGAGGGACCGCCCCUGGGGAGAUGGGAUUGCCGUCGGCAACGCCUCAGGCGGGACAGUUUUCCAAGCAAAACUACAACCUAUUCCGUGGUGCCUUCGAUGCGGCCUGCACCGUACGGUCGCCAGCAGUGGGACAGCAGACGGGGCCGUACCCAGCCGACCCAUAUCCUCACCAGCAGCAAGCCCGCGGGCAGCCAGUUGCGUCGCAGCAUCCGCUCCAUCAUCAUCACAACGGUAUCCGGCAAGCGAGCUCGAUAGCUCCAACGCCAUCAAACGUACAGCCUGGACAGGGUUACACGCGCGAUGCUUACUACCCUGCGGCGAAUGGAAUGACCGAGUUUGGACCUGUAGCCGCCUGUCCAGACAUGAUCGGUCGACAGCAGCAGCAGCAACGUCACUCACCUCCUGGAAGCGUCCCCGGCCAGACGAUGCACUACAGCAGCAGCUUCUACAACCAGACGCCACCGUGGCGCGAAGGCAAUGGGGACACCCCGUACACUGCGCUAGAUUCGGGCAUCUUCGACGACUUUGGCGGGGCGACCGUUGCGUAGGAUCGAUUUUCGGAAGAUCGUUUGUUUUAGGUUUAAAAAGGUUUAAACACGACAGACACACAAACACACGGUGAUACAAGCGAGCAAGUGUUUUAAAAAGCAAUUCUAGACGUACAAUAACUCUGUAGGAUAGGCUUCAAAUCACGUUGUUUUUUUGUGAGAGGGUGGCGAUAGAAUUGCGAUUGUUUUGUAGUCACUGUAGUCACAAAGCAAUGGCGAUUUUAUCCCCAAAACGUAGUUAUCGGUCGUAGUGGUCAGGCAUGUUUCGUUUGUUCAAUCGUUUGCAUCGAUUUACAACCACGCUGGAACGAAUUACGAGCAGCAGUACCUUUUCUGUUGGUGAUUGUUUGUUGUUUUGUUUUUCUUCUUAGAUUCAUUUUGUCUUUGUUUUCUCUUAUUCUUAAUAUUUUUACAUGUUUUCUCUUACGUUUUUAUCAUUUCUGAUGUUCCCCAAUGAUUUUCAUGUUUUUAGACACUUCUUCUAGAAUCGUACGCAGACUUUGAUGUUUAUUUUCAUAUAAUUUUUCAUAACUCACUCUUCACUUUCACUUCACCACUUCUAAUUCCUUCCAGAAUGGUUGUCUUUUUCGUAGCAAUAAACAUUUUAUAAAACCUUUA